AUUAUUAUAUUUAUAAUUUUAUAAUAAAAAUUAAAAGUUAUAAAGCUAUUAUUAGCUUAAAGUUUCAUUGUAUUUUCCAAGUGUUUCAUUUUAAAAAAGGCAAAAAUGGCAGAAAAUAAUGAACCAUUGUUGUUAACAAAGGAAGAUUCAGGAAAGAAGAAGGAGAAAUAUGAUUACUAUGAAAAUUGCCCAGGAUGUCAAGUUGAAAAGAGCAAAGCUGAAAAUACAAAUGUUCCAUGGCUUCAAUUUUUCUUUAUCUGGAUUAUUACUCUUGCUUCUGCAUUGCCCAUAUCAUUCAUCUUUCCGUUUCUAUAUUAUAUGGUGAGGGACUUCGGCAUUGCCAAACGGGAAGAAGAUGUUAGUUUCUAUGCUGGUUUUGAGGGAUCUGCAUUUAUGGUUGGCCGAACAUUCACCGCUAUAAUAUGGGGAAUGGUGGCCGAUCGUUAUGGUCGAAAGCCUGCCCUGAUACUAAGCACAUUAUCAGUAGUGAUAUUUAACACAAUGUUUGGGUUGAGCACAACUUAUUGGAUGGCACUUUUUUCAAGAUUCUGUCUAGGAGCAUUCUGUGGUACACUUGGUCCCAUGCGGGCGUAUGCCUCUGAAGUUAGCCGUCGAGAGCAUCAAGCUUUGGGACUCGGAAUGAUGUCGUCUGCACGAGGAAUAGGCUUAGUCAUAGGUCCGGCACUUGGUGGUUACCUUGCGCAACCUGCAGAUAAAAUUCCGAGUGUAUUUUCUCAAGAAUCAAUUUUUGGAAGAUUCCCAUACUUUUUAGCUUCUAUGGUUAUAUCAAUCUUUGCAUUUGGUGUCUUCAUCCUCUGCUUUUGGCUCCCGGAAACAUUACAUACGCAUGAGGGUGAUAGAGAGGAUGUUGACGAAGAAAAAUUAGUGAAUACUGAAGAAGGAACUUCAAAUUCCUGGAUUAGCCUUCUUCUAAAUUGGCCUUUGAUGUCAACUAUCAUAGUAUAUUGUGUUUUUCAAUUGCAUGAUAUGGCCUAUGUUGAGAUAUUCUCGCUAUGGACAGUAAGUCCGAGGACUCUUGGAGGAUUAGGUUUAGCAACUGAUGAUGUUGGUGAAGCUCUUGUUGUGGCAGGAGUUGCUUUGUUAUUGUUUCAACUACUUUUGUACCCAUUCAUGGAGAGAAAUCUUGGACCUAUCGCAGUUUCACGAGUUUCAUCGAUUGUGAGUAUUGCAGUGCUAGCAAGCUUUCCCUUUUUUGUCAAUCUAAAAGGAACUAUUCUCUCAGUUGUGGUUGAUGCUGCUUCUGCAGCAAAGAAUGUUCUUUCGGUUGCAAUCACGACAGGAUUGUAUCUCCUGCAAAAUCGAGCCGUGGACCAACAUCAAAGAGGAGCUGCAAAUGGACUUUCUUUGUGUAUCAUGUCAAUCUGCAAAGCCAUUGCUCCUGCUUUAGCUGGAGCCCUUCUCUCUUGGACAGAAACACGCCAAUCAGCAACUUUUCUUCCAGGACCUCACAUGAUAUUCUUUCUACUGAACGCGGUUCAAUUUGUUGGGUUUUUGAUGACUUUCGAGCCUUUCCUUGCAAAACCUGCUCAAGAUUUUUGUUAGUCUUUUUUUAGAAAGAAAUUAUUGCUCGACGAUCACUUGUUUUGAAGCUAUUGAUAGCCAAAGCCUAAACGUUCUUCUAACACCUCAAGAAUGUUGAGAUAUUAACGAAAACCAAGUUGUAGUAUUUUAUGGUCGUUUUUAAUGGCUAAGCCAGAAUUUAAGACGAGGAUGAGCCAAAAGAUUAAACUAUUGUUGUUAUUUAUAGCUCAAUUGGUAUAAACUCCUUAUGUUAGUAUAAA